CAGCGUUCAACUGUGCAAGAUUUAGAGCUUUGCUAAUAAAGAUACUCUUAUGGUAGAUGGCAUUGUCGGAGACAGCCGGAGGGGAUUCUUCAGCCCAUUUCUCAAGCUGAAUCCAAAUGACACUUCCUCCACCCAAAAGUCCCCCGAUGACCACAGAACUCCACUUAUAGUCGGAGGAUGCUGCACAAUGUGUGACACGGUCGUCCGACCGCAAUUGAUUGGUGCAAGAAGCGUCCUUCCCUCAACCAGAGCAUGACACUCUCAGCAAUGGACAGUUGGAAAAGGGCUUCGGAAAUGAACCCCUGUGGACAGCCACAAGACUGGGUCAGUGGCAGGAGCACGGCUAGGUAAAGAAGCAGAGGUCUUCGUGUGAGGAGAGAAAGCAUACAACUAAAAAAGUGGGGGGGCAAACGAUCGCAUCGGCAAAGACAUACAACCUCAAAUCAUGGGGAUACAGCAUCUUCUGCUUCUUUUGAUUUACUUGGACCCUCUGAAUGUACUGUGCGCGGCUACAGCAAACAAGAAGAAAAACGCUCCAAAGCGGAAUCAGAAGAUGAAGGAGGUGAACGGAACGGAGGCGCCUACUGCGGUUCCGCGGCGAAACACACAGGUCCAGGCACCUUCGAUCGCUACCCAUGACACGUGCCUGGGCUACUAUGACGUGAGCGGAGCGUACGAUAAAGUGUUCGAGUGCAACAACACCGAGCACCGCUACUGUUGUGGAAGUUGUUUCCUGCGCUAUUGCUGUGCAGAAAAAGGGAAACGCAUAGAACAGAAAACUUGCACAAAUUAUAACACCCCAGAUUGGAUCAAAACGCAGCCUCCCUCCCCGGCACCAACAGGUGACACUUACGACCCUGACUUGGAUCAGACGAACACAACGGUAUACAUCACCUGUGGUGUCAUAGCUUUUAUCAUCCUCAUCGGAGUUUCUGCAAAAGUUGCCUACGACAAAGCAACCAAGCCCCCUCAGGAAAUGAAUGUCCAUCGAGCCCUUGCAGACAUUUUGAGGCAACAAGGACUAAAUAAGGAGAAUGAAAAUAUUGCAGCAUUGGAGGGUUCACCCAAAGACAUGGACACACCUCUCCGAACGUCCAAGAACCAUUACACCCCAGUUCACACCAUGCUAGCAAACCACGGGCACUACGGGAAAGAGAACUUCCGCCAAGGCCAACUUGAUCACAACUUCAUCUCCUCUGGGUUCGUGACACUGGGACGACCGCAUCUAAAAGCGCAGCACUCUGUAGACGAUUUAGGGCAGCUGUCAUGGCAGGGAGAUCUGGACGUUCCUAAUAUCUCCUACAGCAACCACCAACAUGAUUAUCAACAUAGUCACCUGGAUCUUACCCAGGCCCACACACCUAAAAUUGCCCACAGACAAAUGAGACAUGAGAAGCCCCAGCGCAUGAACAACAUCCUAACCUCGCAGACAGAGCCAUACGACCUGGACAUGUCCUUCUCACGCUCCUUCCAGAACCUCACCCACCUGCCUCCCAACUACGAACUGGCGGCAAUGAGCAAAGCUGACUUAAGUAAAUACUCCUCUCUCCACAAAUUAAGUGAUAAGGACAUAGAUGAGUACUACAUGCGGAAGCGACACCAAGACUUGGCAGGUCGGCAGAUUCUGCAGCCGCCCCACAUGGUGAAGCUGAACACAGAGCCCCACCAGCAGCACCGUCAGCGGCCUCACCGUGUCCAGAGGGCCAUGUCCCAGGACCAUGUGCUGUCCCCAGAGAGGACCCCACGCCAUGGCUACGGCCUCUCAGCCUACAACAUGGGCGUCUCUUCCUAUGGCAGCCGCAUUCUCUCAGAGGAGCAGCUGCUCUCCGCAGACCGCCUCCAGUCCCAGGACCCCCUGCUCUCGCCGGACAAGAUGCUGUCGCUGCGGCGCUCCAACUUCCGGGAGAAGGCCAUGUCGCGGGCCAUGUCCCAUGUAGACAUCAACUUUGUGCCCACCACACCUGUCAUAGACCGCAGUGAGCGCUACGCUAAGAUGCAGAAGAUGCACUCCCAUCCCACUACCAUCAACGACUCAUACAACACGCUCACCGUCAACCACCCGACCACCAACAAGAGGCAGCAGUUUGCCUCGCGACGGACACACACCGUGGACCAUCUACAGUACAUCCCAGGCCACCAGCAAAACAACCAGUACCGCACGGCCAGUAAGAACGAGGUAACUGUUUAACGAGAGGGUGGCUGGCCAAGGAUUCCUGUGUCAACAGACUGUCAACAGAUGAAAACAGCAGAUACUUCCAGAGGUGUGCAACCUCACCUUAGGUCUUCUUUUCAAAGUAGCCAACAACUAACCCUUCUUGCUUUCAGCUCAAGCUCUCAGUUUCAUUCAGAUUUGGAUUAUCACAACUAGAAUUAACAACCACAAACACAUCUGUACUUUCUCUAUAGGGCAACAUAAGGGCUUUGCAUGUUGACACAUAAGGAAUACUUUAUGUGAGGUUAUCCGGAAGAAGACAAUAUUUUUUAAAAAGUGGAAUUGGAAAGGAACUGGAUCAACUUUAUAAAUAUAUACAUAUAUUUACUAUUUGUAUUUUCAGUCCUUGUUAUAGCUUUAGAAAUUCUUAUUGAACUUAACUGGUGUUAGAACUUCAAGAGGUGCCUCUCGAAAUUGUUCCCAUUUCAACGAUGAAGUGGAUUUGUUGGUUAAAAAGCACAAUUAAUGGGUUUCUUUCUCCAUUGAUUUAUUCUUGUUUUUUGGUAACGGCCAGCACAUAUCAGCUUAUUAGUGGCUAUAGUGGCAAUUUCCAUUGCAUAAAUGAUUGUAAAUAGGCUAUAUUAGCAGAAUUAUACACUAAAUGAGAAGAGAUGGACAAGUGGAAUUGUUGAGUUUCUACCCAAGAGUCUACAGUCUUUUCACAAUUAAAGAUCACAAUUUCAGAUUAGUCCAACCCCUCAACAAAUACUUGAUACUAACAAACAUGUUCAAUAAUGUGUGUGCGUAUGUGUGUAUAUUUUUGGAACUGUGCUUGUAGGAUGAUUGUGUAUGGCAAGGGUUGAAUCAACCUCAUGCCACUGUUAAUUAGCAGCUUUAGACUGUAGGCACACUACUCCACAGGUGACCAUGUAAACUAAUUCUUCUUUCAAUAGCUUCAUUUUCUGCACUCAUUCCCUCGCUAUAUAAUCCAAGUGGAUGACAUCCAUUUUGUUUUCAGUUCGGAAAAGCUGCUUUCAUUUUGAUAUACAGUAUUGUUGUAUAUUUGACUCCAAUCAUCAGAGUUGAAGAAUAAUAGUUGUUGUUAUGUGUUUACAAUUGUUACAUUGUUGCAGGUGUGUUGACGUACCUGAAACAAUCGACAAAGAGGACAUCAAUAUAAUCACUAGCUAAGCAAGGAUUAAAACUGUGAUUUUUAUGUCCAGAUGUUUUCAUUAAAGCAAUGCCUUAUUGUGUGGAA